AUGUCAGAAGAAAAUGCUUUAAAAGAAAAGAAAGGUUUGACAGAGGAAGAGUUGAAAAAAUUGCGGGCUCGUUUUAAAAGAAGACAAAAUAAAUUUGCAGCAAUAAAGGGUCAAACACAAAUAAGAAUCGCUGCUGGUAUCAUGCCUCACAUUGCUGUUCUUUCGCCGCGUUGUGCUGAAGAAGAAGCGUUCGAAAAGGUCGAUGUAGACAUCAAUCCGAUAAUCACUGAGACAAAUAAAGGGCUGUUUUCGAUGCAAGAACAUUCCAAUUUAGCCAGCGUAAAUGAAGCAAUACCACAGAAGAGAAAGAAAAAUGCGCUUUUGAACAAAAGUACCUUAUUAGAACGAAAGAGUGCACAUAGAUCAAAAAAUGAAGAUGCAUACACAACAAGGAGUUCAGAAACAUUUUCACAACAAAGUUGCUUGAAUAGCUCAACCAAAGCAAACAGAGUUAGUCAAAGCGGAUCAACCUCUUCAACAGCAAAUUCUAUAAACAAGUUAAGAGCAACGCAGAAAAGCAAGGAAACUAAAAAGAAGUGUUCUGAAACGAAUUCAUCUCUAGAAUUCAAAAUUGAGGAUGUAAAAGAAACAAAACAAGUGAAAUAUGGAAUGACAGAAAGCGAAAAGAAAAACCGGAAGGAUAGAAAUGUGGUACCGAAUGAAAAGGUAGCAGGACAUAAAUUAAAGUCGGAAACGUCAAAUUUCAGUUCAGUUGAGUCAUCGAUUAAAGCAGAAUUACUGCCAGCAAAUACUUUUUCGGAAGAAUAUCCACAAAGCACACAGGAUAUUAAUUUGCUGCUAAAACCGAUUGAAAUGACAAAAAAAGAUCAAUCACUGUAUGAAAAAAUGGACGACGAAAUCGUAUUGGAUACAAACCUCCUGCAGUCAUUGGCAACUGAUUUAAUAACAGAAUCCAAAAAAGUGAAUAAAGAUGUAUUAGGAGAUGAUAUUGCCAAAAAAUUAAUUGAAAUAGAGAAAAAAGAUCAAUCAACGAUAGACCAAGACCAUAUUAAAGAACAAAGAGAGGUUGUAGUAUCCGAAAUUGCGAAAAGAAUAGUAGAAGCACUAACAUCCAAUCAAGUCCUCGGCAAAGUACUCACACCGGAGGAAGCUGUCAUUUUAAGAGAUUAUUUCAGUCGGAAAAUACCAUUAAGUGAAAAGGUACUUGCAACAUUGGAUACAGCACUUGAUAAAAUUUUGCGUCGCGCACAUGAAUUUUACGAUGACAAGAAGGAAUUGGAUAUAUUCCUAAAAGAUCGAGAUUCUGCAAAAACAAAAGUUCUUGAUGCCCUUAUCGCCAAAAAGUCAAAUUAUCUAGCUGAUUUAAUGAUGGAUGCCAGUUUUUAUGCUGAUCGAAUCAGUAAAGGACUAAUUGACGCUUAUAAAUUAGCCACCGAAGGAAUUCUAAUUGCUCGUGAUAACUUACAGUACAUGCAAGCUGCUGUUGGCCAUACGUAUCGUUAUUCAAAAGACAUGGCAUAUCGUGGUGCUGCACUGACUUACGAGACAGCCGCACGUGGUAAAGAAUUAGCCGAAAUUGGCGCUUCUGUAAGCACACAAAUGACAUAUGAUGCGGCAAAACUAACGUUAGACGCUGCAGUUCGUGGAAAACAGUUUGCGGAAAAGGGUGCAGCUAUCGGCUCAAAAAUGACAUUAGAUGCCGCAAUUCGCGGAAAACAGCUUGCGGAACAAGGUGCAGCUAUCGGCACAAAAAUGACAUCUGAUGCGGCAAAAAUGACAUUAGAUGCCGCAAUUCGCGGAAAACAACUUGCGGAACAAGGUGCAGCUAUCGGCACAAAAAUGACAUCUGAUGCUGCAAAAAUAACAUACGACGUCACUAAUCGCGGUAGGGGACUUGCAGGACUUGGAAUAGCGAUUGGUGCAAAAAUGACAGAAGCUGCUGCCUCCAAAGGAUUACAAAUAGCAGAAGGAACAAUUCACGCUGCUUCUAAAGGAACGCAAAUGGUGAAAGACAAUCUGACAGCAGCGAACAGUACCACUCUUGAUUGCUCUGAGACCGCUCUUGAAAGUGCAGUUCAAGCGACUAAACUGGUUGGUGAAAAAGUAACAAAUCUUACCGGUGCAAUGAAUCAAGCUAGAUCAGACAUUCGGAAAUCUAGCGAAUGGAUUCUAUCAUUUUUUCAACGGCCUGUAUGUGGAACAUCCGGCACUUCAGAAGUAGAAGAUACCGAUAACGACUCAAGUGACGACAACAGUGAUAAGAACGAAGCGAGUUUAUCGGUGAAUGAGAAAAGUAAAGUGGUGAAUCAGUAG